UGACAUGUACCAAUUAUCCUGAAAGAUGCCCCAAGAAUUCCAUGUCCUCCAGUGCUACAGUUGUGCCACAUUUCAAGUACAACAAGUAAAAAAAUCCAGUAACAAAUGGAACUGUAAACUUUGUGGCGAGAAGCAGUCUAUCAAGAAAGUUUUUGGUAGGGGAAGUGGUGCAGACUGCAGACAUCAUGUACAGAGACUGAAUACUCUCAGGCAGCAGCAGGAUGUAUCAGUGGCAAUCAGUUCUUAUCAGAAUUUCUCAGAGGAUAACGAUUCAGGAUCUACUCAAAUAGAACAUGAAGAGAAUCUGGACGUUCCUUGUGACAACUCUGGCAGUAAGUGGAGUCAGUAUGUGGAGAAAGCACGUGAAGAAUCCACCUCUGAUAAUUCUGACAGUAAGUGGAGUCAGUACGUGGAGGAAGCAUGUGAAAGAUCCACCUCUGAUGACCAACAACCUGGGGAGGAUUUGUAUACCACAGAUGGGAACCAGUUUUAUAGAUCUAAAAAAAGAAAAAGAGACAGUGGAAGCAGUUAUAGCAACAACAGAAAAGGACAGAUGUCUCAAGGGGAUGAUUUAGAUUUUUCAAGUAAGAGGACUUGGAAAAGACAGAAAGAGAAUCUACAAUAUGGUAAUGAUACAUAUAUCAGUGCAUAUAAUAAUACCCAGCCUUAUCAUAACUUUAGUCAACCAAAAUCCUACACAUCUGAUCCAAAUAACUAUGUGCCACAUGGGACAAAAUCUUCAUUACAGAGUAUAGCCAAUUUCAAUGACGAAAGCUUAUUCACAAUUUCCAACAGAGACUAUGUUGCAGGAUUUGAAGAGUUUGAGACAUUGAAAACAAUCGAUCAAAACCGAAUUUCUGCAAAUGCAACAGAUUCUGAACCAAAACCUAAGAACACUCCAAAGACUAAAAGCUAUUCCCUCUCCAGUAACAGGGAAUGUAAGGAAUCUAAGUGGGAUCAGUUUCUUGCUGAGGGGAGUGAUGAAGAUCUAGAGGAUACUGAAAAAACUUCAGCAGAGAAUCCCCUAGUUGUCCAGCCACAGAGUAUAGAGCCAGCAAGGCUACAAAGCAAAGUGCCUGAAACUCGAAGAGUAAUCACGUCAAGCAAAUAUGAAGACUACAAGUGUGUUACAGUGACAGGAAGUGAAAUAGGAAUGUUUUCUGUUGGUGAUCUUGAGGAUUCAGACUUUGAUAUAUGACUAUAUUGUAUUGAACAUUAGUAAGUUAUACAGAGAAAGCAAUAA